CAAAGAGUUGUGAGUAGUAGAUCUAAGUGCUCGAUAUUUUAAAGGAAGCAUUUAAAUGGAUAUGCAUUUUUUCUUCAACGCGCAAUGUUAUUUUGGUUCAUUAUUAAUCCUUACACCGUGGACUGCUUUUCACACUCGGCUUUGCGACAAAAUAAAUGAAAUUUCACAGUGGAAUCUUCUUCGAUAGGUUCAUUGCGAACCACCGCGUAAACAGAAAUGGCUAUGGCAGGUGUGGUGUUUUCUGAAGUGGAGAGUUUUCUUGACAAACACCCUGAGUUAUUGGAAGACUACUUGAACAGGAAAGGGAAAUUCACCAUGGUUGAAAAGUGGCUAAAAAAUCAUCAAGCAAGCAAAACUCCCGCGACUGUCAUACCGGAGCCAGAGAAAAACAACGCUUGUAAGGACAGCUGGGCGAGCAAAGGAGAUGGAUUACAGAGACGAGCGUCGCAAAAAGAGCUGCGGAAAACUUUUGCAAGAUCCAAAGCUAUCAAUGCCAACCGGACAUAUGAUGAACAUUGCAAUUCCAGAGCGCAGGAACCACUGACGAGUAUGAGGAGACGGGCUUUACUCCGCAAAGCCAGCUCCUUGCCUCCGACAACCGCGCACAUCCUCAGCGCCUUGCUGGAAUCCCGCGUUAACAUCCCCCAAUACCCCUCAACAGCCAUAGACUUCAAAUAUUAUCUGAAAGAACACAAUGAAAGGGAGUUCUUUCUGGAGUUAGUGAAAGACAUCUCAAAUGACCUGGAUAUCACCAGCCUCAGUUACAAAAUCCUAGUGUUUGUAUGCAUCAUGGUCGAUGCUGACCGAUGUUCCCUGUUCCUUGUGGAGGGAUCAGCCAACAAGAAAACUCUAGUGUCAAAAUUCUUUGAUGUACAUGCAGGAACCACGGUUUUACCAUCAUUUAAUAACUCUGAUGAAGUUCAAGUUCCUUGGGGGAAAGGAAUAAUCGGAUAUGUUGCUGAGCAUGGUGAAACUGUAAACAUACCAGAUGCAUAUCAGGAUCAUCGCUUCAGUGACGAGAUAGACAAGCUGACUGGGUACAAAACUAAGUCGCUUUUGUGUAUGCCCAUACGGAACAGCGACGGGGAGACCAUUGGAGUGGCCCAGGCUAUCAAUAAGAGCCCUGGCGGGGCUCUGUUCACAGAGGAUGAUGAGAAGGUGCUGCAGAUGUAUCUUCCCUUCUGUGGCAUCGCCAUCUCCAACGCCCAGCUGUUUGCAGCGUCCAGGCAGGAAUAUAACCGCAGCAGGGCUCUGUUGGAGGUGGUGAACGAUCUGUUUGAGGAGCAGACGGACCUGGAGAAGAUCGUGAGGAAGAUCAUGCAUCGCGCCCAGACGCUGCUCAAGUGCGAACGCUGCUCCGUGCAGCUCUUGGAGGACAUUGAAUCUCCUGUGGUGAAAUUCACUAAGUCGUUUGAGCUCCUGUCACCCAAGUGCAGUGCAGACACAGAAAACAGCUUCAAGGACAGUAUGGAGAAGUCUUCGUAUUCUGACUGGCUGAUCAACAACAGCAUUGCUGAGCUGGUGGCCUCCACCGGCCUCCCCGUCAACAUCAGCGACGCCUAUCAGGACCCACGCUUUGAUGCUGAGGCAGAUCAAUUCUCCGGCUUCCACAUUCGCUCGGUGCUCUGCGUGCCAAUAUGGAAUAGCAACCAUCAGAUAAUCGGGGUGGCCCAGGUGCUGAACAGGCUGGACGGGAAGCCGUUUGAUGACGCGGAUCAGAGACUGUUCGAGGCCUUUGUCAUCUUCUGCGGCCUGGGAAUCAACAACACCAUCAUGUAUGACCAAGUCAAGAAAUCGUGGGCCAAGCAGUCCGUGGCUCUGGACGUGCUGUCAUACCACGCCACAAGUUCCAAGACAGAGGUUGACAAAUUCAAGGCUGCGAACAUCCCGUUGGUUUGUGAGCUGGGCAUUGAUCAGCUGUCCUUCGAUGACUUCUCCCUGGACGUGGAUGCCAUGAUCACCGCUGCCUUGCGCAUGUUUAUGGAGCUGGGCAUGGUCCAGAAGUUCAAAAUAGACUACGAGACCCUGUGCAGAUGGCUGCUGACCGUGAGGAAGAACUACCGCAUGGUCCAGUACCACAACUGGAGACACGCCUUCAACGUCUGCCAAUGCAUGUUCUCCAUGCUGACAACUGCAGGCUUCCAGGAGACGCUUACAGAGGUGGAGAUCUUGGCUCUCAUCGUGGGCUGCAUCUGCCAUGACCUGGACCACCGGGGCACCAACAACGCCUUCCAGGCCAAGACCGGCUCGGCCCUGUCUCUCCUGUACGGGACAUCCGCGACCCUGGAGCACCACCACUUUAACCACGCCGUCAUGAUCCUGCAGAGCGAAGGGCACAACAUCUUCUCCAACUUGUCAUCCAAUGAGUACAGUGACCUCAUGCAGUUGUUGAAGCAGUCCAUUCUGGCCACGGACCUCACCCUGUACUUUGAGAACAGGAACACCUUCUUUGAGUUGGUCAGCAAAGGGGAGUACAACUGGAAUGUGAAGGGCCAUAGAGAUAUGUGCAGGUCCAUGUUGAUGACAGCAUGUGAUUUAGGGGCUGUCACCAAACCUUGGGACAUCUCGCGGAAGGUGGCGGAGCUGGUGACCAGUGAGUUCUUUGAGCAGGGAGACAGAGAGAGAUCAGAGCUGAAGCUCACACCAUCGGCCAUCUUUGACAGGAACCGCAAGGAUGAGCUGCCAGGCCUGCAGCUGGAGUGGAUUGAUGGGAUCUGCGCCCCCCUCUAUGAGACGCUGGUGAAGCUGAACCCCAAGCUGGAGUCCAUGUUGCAGCUGAUCCAGGCCAACCGGGCUCGCUGGGAAGAGCUGCACCGCCUGAGGCAGCUCAGCCAGGACGGCGCCAAGCCCCCGGACUGCUGUGUAGACGAGACCACCAUCCCCCCUCCCACCACCACCAUCCCCCCUCCCACCACUACCACCACCACCAUCGCCACCCCUACCCCUGUCACCCCCGCCACGGGCUGCAGCUGCACGGUAGGCCAAGAGAUGGACGGUGGUGAGGCUGUACCCCGCUGUGGAGACUCUCCGCCCUCCUCCAAGCCUGCCAGCUAGCCUCCCCCGCCCUGCCGCGCCCCACUGAGGGUGGGGAUGUAACGGGGAGGCUGCUGCGAGGCCUCCUUUUGCCUUUUUCGCUUAUUUGCUGUGUGCAGCUCUUCUGGGUGCUGAGCAUGACGCAGAGAGAGUUUGUUUUUCUUGAUCUCCGCGCGCUUGACCACUGCGCUUCGUCUGACUCGACUCGCCGCCGGAACAGAGGAGAUGACCUUUUGACCUCAGGGCUGGGUGACUAGAGGUCAGUCGUUGUGGCGAUUUUCCCAGUGCCCGCUCGCUCGCUCUCGCGUUGUGCAGAGGGCGCCAUAACGUAAACGUCACAGACCAACUGCAUGUUUAACCUUGCAGCAAGUCGCUUAGAAACAUACUCUUUGUAUGUUUUCAACAUAACCAGCUCAAAAACACAGAAGUACACCGUCUAUGUUUGGGUGUGGCAGCUUUUUGGUGUACAGCAGGUUGCCAAGACAAAAUUUAAAAGACAUAAAAAGGAUAACUAUUUUAUUAUGUAUUGCCAGGAAAAAUCAUCCGUAUAUAUUGUUUCAGUGUAAAGUUCAAACUGUUGCUAUCUGUUUUGAGAUUGUCAUAAUAUAUUGUCAGAGCAUUUUUGUUCCCCAGAUGGGACGAAA